AAUCAGCUUUUGCAAAGCGUCCUAAGCUGACGUUACACCGGUUCGGAUGAACAGCCGGUAGCGCAGAAGAAAGCUGAAAAAAUUCGCUUGUUGUUUAUAUUUGUCAGCCAAUUUCCCCGUCAAACGCGUAAACAUCAUGCCUUUCGAUGUUAGGAGAUUUGAUAUCUACAGGAAAGUGCCAAAAGAUCUCACCCAGCCAACCUACACAGGAGCUUUCAUAUCCAUCCUCUGCUGCGUCUUCAUACUCUUCCUCUUCCUGUCCGAGCUGACCGGAUUCAUAGCCACCGAAAUACAAUGGAGACAAUAUUCCUCACAGGAAAUUGGCUUUCUGCAUGCGUCAGCAGUGUGUAAUGAUUGGAUAACACGGAGAAGUGUAAAUGAGUUGUAUGUGGAUGACCCUGAUAAAGACAGUGGUGGGAAGAUAGAUGUGAGUUUAAACAUCAGUUUGCCAAACUUACACUGUGAUUUGGUGGGUUUGGACAUCCAGGAUGAAAUGGGACGCCAUGAGGUCGGUCACAUAGACAACUCCAUGAAGAUUCCUCUGAACCAGGGGGAGGGCUGCCGCUUCGAGGGGGACUUCACCGUUAACAAAGUACCAGGGAACUUUCAUGUGUCAACACACGGUGCUACAGCGCAGCCCCAAAACCCUGACAUGACUCACACCAUCCACAAGCUGGCCUUUGGAGAGAAGCUACAGGUGCAAAAAGUCCAAGGAGCCUUUAAUGCUUUAGGAGGGGCAAACCGCCUGUCAUCUAACCCGCUGGCUUCACACGACUACAUACUGAAGAUAGUGCCCACUGUGUAUGAAGACCUAUCAGGCAGACAGAGGUUUUCCUACCAGUACACGGUAGCAAACAAGGAAUAUGUUGCUUACAGCCACACAGGCAGAAUAAUCCCUGCGAUUUGGUUCAGAUAUGACCUCAGUCCAAUCACCGUCAAGUAUACAGAGAGGAGGCAGCCUGUUUAUCGCUUCAUCACGACGAUUUGUGCCAUCAUCGGAGGGACGUUCACUGUUGCUGGGAUCAUCGACUCGUGUAUAUUCACGGCCUCUGAAGCCUGGAAGAAGAUCCAGAUUGGGAAAAUGUCAUGAGGACUGCCUCCUGUCUCUCAACCCAGUUCAUAUUUUAUUUAUAAGUGCAAAGUUGCUAGCCUGUUAGCUAGAUCCACUUCUGAUUGAAAACAACCCAGAGAGCCAGGAGUUCACCAAGCAUGCGAUAUAACUACCAGGCUACCCGACUUUGUUUCAGUUACUGAAGAUCCUCUCCAGGUCCAUCUACUGUGCUGCUGGCGUGUGGAUCCUGACUAUCACAUGUCUUCUUACUCCCUCAUCGAUGUCAGGAGAGAAGAGGGAAUCCUUCGUUACAAUUGGGAUUGAUUUUGAGGAAAGAUAUUGGAGAAACUUACCAAUGCACAUUUCUCGUUUUUUUUUUAUUGGCGUUAAAAUGGCUCCGACAUUAAAGGUUUUAAAAUUUGGUGCCAACACUCUUCUGCAUAAAUUAAAUCACAAUUUUUUUUUUCAUAACCAUUUUAACUCGUGUAGCUCAUCAUCACUACAAAAACCAGUCGAUAUUUGAAUGAAGUGUUAUUAGCCUUUGUUAACAAGGUGUUUCUGUGUCUCAAAGUGUCAAAAUAUUUUCUGUCUGUGCGUCAUUUAUACUUUUCCCUCAGUGAAUGGUUACCAUCAGCUAUUAAUUGCUUCAUUGUUGUCAUUUCUGUAUCUGUAUAAACUUGCUUUGUAGAACACUCCUUUUUUUGGUCAUUUUAUAGCAAUUAUUUCAGUUAUUUCAUCAGCAGCCAAGUCUAAUUUGGACUUUCUGGAUGAUUUAAAUGAUUGGAAAUUGUGUAAUUAGUGUAAUUGUUUAAAAUGGCUGUUCUUUCUUCUGUACUGUUGUCUCUGAUCUAGCACCAUGAUGACACCAGCAGUCAGCCUGCUCUUCUUUCAGAGCCAUGUUUUCUUUUCAUCUCAAAUGACUGUCAUUGUAUGUGUUUUCUCAAGUAAAGAUACCAUAGAGUUUAA